AUUAUGGGGAAAUUUGCGUUUUUGAAUGAAUUAUAAAUGAAUGGUGGAUCAACAAGCAAACGCCGAGUGGGGACUGGUUUGGCAAUGACACACCAGAGAAUUUCGUUUUAAAGGACAGCAGAGCUACGGAGAAAGGUCAUAUUAGCUAAUGGCUGCCGAAUCGGGGAGACUACUGGCGGGACAAGGAAAGCGAACCAAAGCUCCACAGAUGAAGAGCCCAGAGAAGAAGAAACAAAGAAAGUCCACAGCUCAGUCAACGGGAUUUUCCCAUCUCACUGAGUUUGCGCCCCCACCCACUCCUAUGGUGGACCAUCUAGUGGCAUCCAACCCUUUUGACGAUGACUUUGGACCCCCAUCACGACCUGCUGGGGCAGGUGGUCCCGGUGGUGCUCCUUUUCUUCCCAGUCCGGGUGGUGGAGGAGGAGGCGGCUAUGGUGGAGCCGGUAGGAUGGGAGGAGGCAUGGGAUUCAUGGGGGGCCCGGGAGGACCAGGUGGAGGCCCUCCUGGGCGACGACCACCAUUUGGCCCUCCAUCCAACGCUGGACCUCAUCACCAGCUAGGGUUUGGUGGCAUGCCGGGUUUUGGGGGUGGUGGCGGAGGAGGAGGGGGUGGAGGCGGAGGAGGAUUUCCCCCAGGUGGCCCAUCGCAAUUUAAUAUGCCUCCGAACUUUAGCCCACCUAUGCAUCCGGGAUCAGGAUUUAGUCCUAUGCUUUCUCCUGGAGGUAUGGGUGGUCCUGGUGGAGGUGGACCUCCACAUCCUAGGUUUGGCAUGCCUCCACAGCAGCAGCAUGGCCAGGGAGGGCACCCUUUCAACAGUCCCCCAUUACCGGGUGCAGGUGGGCCAAGGGGACCUUCUCAUGGUCCCAUGAAUUCAAUGGGAGGCAUGGGCCCUGGUAUGAACAUGAUGGGUGGCAUGGGAGGUGGACCUGGGGGUAACAUGGUGGGAGGGCUGCCAGGCCUGCCUCCCCAAGGACAGUUCCCGCCUUCACAGGAUGGACCCUAUCCUGGGCCCAGUCCACCUGGACCUGGAAAUGAGGAAGGAAAGAACUUUGGAGCUGGGCCACAGUCUGGACCACAGCAGCAACAAAUGAACUUAAAUCCCAAUGGUCCGCCCCCAAAUAACACAACCCCAGGACCCCCAUCCAACUCUGGUCCACAACCUGGUGGAGGCUUUCCAGGACAUGACGUGCAACAGGCUAAUGCAAACACCCCUGGCCAGCCUCCCUCUGCACCUCCACAGUCAAACCCCAACUCUUCUCCUACGGGACCCUUAAAUGGGUCAGGACAGCCCCCUCUCCCAGCGCCGGGUCAGCUGCACAGCUCCAGCAACACAAACACCCCAAACUCUAAUAACUCGAACCAGCAGCCACAGUCCACACCGCCCCACUCUACCCCAGGAGGCACUCCCUACAGUCAGCAGAACAACACUCCUGGUAGCGGGGGGCCAAUGUCUAAUGCGGGUCCCAACUCUGGACAGAACAACAUGACCAACAACAGUGGAGGCAAUACUCCUGGUAGCAAUCCGAAUCCUCCUUCAAACUCCACCUCCACCCCAAACACACAGUCCCCUCUGCCUGCCGGUCCUGCUCCAGCCCCUGCUGGUCCUGGGUCCGGUCCUGGGAAGCCUGGGGGUCCUGGUAUGGUGUUUCCCUGUGGCCUGUGUUUGGCAGAGGUGCAUGAUGACCAGGAUGCAAUCUUGUGUGAGGCGUCGUGCCAACGCUGGUACCACCGUGAGUGCACCGGUCUAACGGAGCCAGCCUACGGGCUGCUGACCCGGGAGAGCGCUGCCGUUUGGGCCUGUGAUUACUGCAUCAAGAACAAGGACAUCCAGGCCGUGUUUGUGCGCCAGGGCUUAGGCCAGCUUGUGGCCGCCAACGAGAGCUGAGGAGACAGAGCAAUGUACAAGUUCACUCGGACAGAGGCAGUCUUUGGUUGGAUUUAAAUGACCAUAACUGCUACUUAACUUUCUCUUGACUAGCCCUUUAUUCACUACAGAGACAACACUCAUUGACAUUCAUGCUUGUAAACAGCACUUUGAGUGUCUCCAAUUAUUAUUUUUUCCCCUAAAUGAAUUGAAUCUUGAUGAAUGUUGUAACUUCAAAUAGCCCUUCAAAAAUCCAGUCUGCCAACCAGCAAAGCACUGACACCAACACACUACCUCACACAGUUUUGACUGGCAUGGAUGCACUCGCACUGACUGUGAUCCACUGAGACUCGUGCACUACAUGAGUGUGAGGAUAUUUAAAAUUAACAUGAACAUACCCACUCUAUGGAGCGGGUAUGCACCACUGUACCUACAUUAAGCCCCAAAUGUCUGAUUACAUUGGUUAACAAUAAAGUCAAAAUUCUUGAAAUGAUACUAUCAGUGCCUAAAGUCAAAAGGGCCUUGAAUUAUAAUUUGACAGCUUGCUUGUAUAAAAUGUUUAUUGUGAAACAGAAGCUCAUUCUCUGAAUAAUAUCCCAUUCAUACGAAACCGCACUCUGCUUUAUGCUUUUCUUUGGCCCUGUUCUGACUUCUUACCUCAAGCCAAAUUCACCAUCAAAAUAGCUGUAAAUAUUGAAAUGAGACAUUUUCAUUUGUGAACACGAUUCACAACUGACCAAUGAACAAAAUGAGUUGUCUUGGGUUAAACUGUAACACAUUGGGUUUUAUACAAAUACCAUUUCUUUUUAUCUGCAGUAGCCUGCUCAUAAUUUGUGAACACAGUGCUUUUGGGUGGUGUUGGCAUAGCAAGUAGUGGCAUCAUGUCAUAUCAGAUGUGCUUAGUCCUUUUCGUAUAAAUGGGAGGGGGUGCAUGAAAACCAAUGCAGUAACUGUGUUUAUGUUCUGGCCUCCACAGCAGGCCUUGAAGUAGACCAAAUAACUAAAGAACAAUUUCAUAUUUCUGUCAGGCUGAAGGUGUUUGUAACUAUACUUCUCUUGUUUUUCCUCUAUUUGAUGUCCAAGUUGCCUUUGCUUUUCUUUCUCUCUGCUUUUCCUGAUUUUGUACUGACAUUUGUGCUGUGCUCUUGCUCCACUUUGGCGCCUCCUGGUGGAGACAAGCGGGUCCCACACCAAGUGGGAAAGGGAAAGGUACUGAACUUUGAAGUAAAAACUGAUUUUUGUA